CGUGGCGUGCGGUUCGUUCUGUCCUUCUGCCAUACUUACAUAGCCUUUUCCACAGUCACGGAUUCCGGAAUUUCUCGAGUGUUGUUUACCGCCAAGUGUUGCAUUUCGUGUGGCCUGCACCUGCAUGAAGAAUGAAUGUUUAUAGUGAAUAAAUGAAUAGUGUGCAAAGCAAUUCUAUAUCAAAGUUAAUGUUUACUGCUCUAAUAACUAUAACAAGUAAAUGGUUUCGUGCGACUAAUCGCGGACUCAAUCCAAAGCAAAAGUGAACAAGAACUUGCACACAACAAAAAAAAAACAUAAAAUAUGAAUACAAAAUUAUCCACACAAUGCCAGCGUCCAGCGAAGGCUAAUGGCUGGGCUAAUGCCAUCAAAGUUGUGCUCGUUGUCAUUCUAAUGUGCCAGCCCAGUCAGCUGCAGCGAGUGGAGGUGCCACCGGAAGCUAUUGUUGAUCCCAAAUUUAGUUCACCGAUUAUGAAUAUGACAGCGCCCGUGGGACGUGAUGCCUUUCUCACAUGCGUCGUCCAGGAUUUGGGACCAUACAAGGUGGCGUGGCUGCGCGUAGACACCCAGACAAUUCUGACCAUACAAAAUCAUGUAAUAACCAAAAACCAACGCAUUGGCAUUGCCAACUCGGAGCACAAGACCUGGACAAUGCGCAUCAGAGACAUCAAAGAGUCGGACAAAGGAUGGUACAUGUGCCAAAUCAACACGGAUCCAAUGAAAAGCCAGAUGGGCUACCUCGAUGUUGUGGUACCGCCGGAUAUCCUAGAUUAUCCUACAAGCACGGACAUGGUCGUUCGCGAGGGCAGUAACGUGACGCUCAAAUGCGCUGCUACCGGUUCACCAGAGCCGACAAUUACAUGGCGACGUGAAAGUGGAGUGCCCAUCGAGCUAGCCAGCGGAGAAGAGGUUCCCAGCAUUGAAGGCACCGAUCUGAUAAUACCCAAUGUAAAGCGUCAGCAUAUGGGCGCCUAUCUGUGCAUCGCUUCCAAUGGAGUGCCACCCUCAGUGAGCAAGAGAAUAACACUCAUUGUGCACUUCCCACCAAUGAUCACCGUACAGAACCAGCUCAUAGGCGCUGUCGAGGGCAAGGGCGUUACUUUGGAAUGCGAAUCGGAGGCCUAUCCAAAGUCCAUUAACUACUGGACACGCGAACGCGGCGAAAUAGUUCCACCAGGUGGCAAAUACUCGGCAAAUGUCACGGAGAUUGGUGGUUACCGCAACUCGAUGAAGCUGCACAUAAAUCCCCUCUCGCAGGCGGAAUUCGGUGCCUAUAGAUGUGUGGCCAAGAACUCGCUGGGCGACACAGAUGGCACCAUCAAGCUGUACAGAAUACCGCCUAAUGCCGUCAAUUAUGUGGAGAACUUUGAGGCGCGACACAAGGGCAAAAAGCGAACGAAAAGCUCGGAAAUGUAUCAUCCGGCUCGGGCACAGGAGCACAGCGGCGAGGAUAUGGAGAAUCCAGGCAAGAGAAAAGCCGAUUUGAGUCUCAGUGCGGAGAGCAUUGACAGCAUGUAUGGGGCGUCCUCGGCAGUGGCUCAGCACCAGACCCUCAGCCGGUUACUACUCAUCCUGGUUCUGGCCCUAACAACAACGACGACGAUGGCAACGACGGCGACGGGUAUGAUGCGAAAAACCCAGCUGCCAUUGUUGCCACAAACACUGACACAUGUUUGACACAGACGCGAAGUUGACAGCCCUGUGGCCCACCCGAACCCGAACAUGGACUUCUUGCCGCUAAAUCUGGAACUGAAGUCAAAGCUGAUGAUGAGGCUAAAGCUGAUGCAGAAGCUGAAGCUGGUGGUGAAGUCGCAACACAAAUCUGUAGCUGUGGAGUUGCGAUGAUGAUUGAGUUUGUCAAUGCCAAACGUUACUUGGUGCUGAUUUAUGGCUGCAAUGUGGUCGGUUUGGUCUUUAGUUCAUGUUUGUCAACCAGAUUACAUUACAUAUACUCGUAGCUGAUAUAUAUAUAUAUAUAUAUUGUGUAUAUGUAUCAGAAUGAUGUUUAGCUUUUAAGUCAACCAGGCUUCCUAAAUUUCCCCCGAAUAAAACGCGUGCAUGUUGAGCUGUUGAGAAAUCUCUAAAAUAUUUAAGACUUUAGCCCUAAUCAAAUCAAAGUAUCCAUUGUAAAAUAACUUAUAAUAUGCAAAUCAAUUACUGCACAUGUACAUAGAGAGCAACAUAUUGCAAAAGGACAUAUGUAAGUAAAAAUAUCUUUAGAAGGGUGACAUGGGGCUCCAAGGUUAUUAUUGUAUGUGUAUUAUAAAAUUUGUAUAAACCAAAAUGUGUGGGCAUAAUUAAAGAGACUGUAUGUGUGCAAAGUAAUAAUUAAUUGCAAUUUAAUUAAAUGCUAAAAGUGUAUAAUUUUUGCACAAAUAUUCAUAUAGAAUUAGUCUGGGGAAAGGGAUAACAGCAAGGAGCAGAAGAACAUACCAAAAAAUAAUCACAGAAAAAUAUCAACCAAAAGAGAGAAGAACCUCCGCCAAAAUGCUCAAAAAGUUAUCAAUAAAAAUACAUACCACACACUUACAAGCUCAGCAAAAGGCUGUGUUCCAGAAAAAAUCCAAUGAAAAAAUACUCCAAAAUGAAUCCAUAGUUCAUACUCCUUCAUUGCUCCUGAAAGAACCCUAUCCAAGAGUUUCAAAAACAUUUAAUUCAUAUUUAAAAAAAAAA